AAACAGAUACGUGUGGGCCAUUGGGAAAACAAAAAAGCAAGCACGCACACCCUUCGCUCCCCAGGUCGUCCAUCCUGGCGGGACCGUGUCGGCGGUGGCCAUGACGCCGAACGCCGACGCCAUGCCGGAGCGCAUCAAGCUCUGGUACGCCUCCGCGGCCGGAGCGGGCGCCAGCUUCGAGGCCAAAGUCUUCUGCGGCAUGCCGACGCCCGCGGACCGGUACAGGCCCACGAGCAGCCAGGUCGAGGGCGAACGCUACCAGGCCGCGCUGGCGUCCAUGGGCGUGACCAGCGUGUCCGAGACCGUGACGGUGAUCCGCGUGGGCGGCACCCAGGGCCCGUCGGCCUGCGUGGCGGGCCAGACGCCCGACCUCUGGGGCGACGCCAACUUUCUGCGAACGGUGGUUCAGAACUCCGUGUCCGCGCCAGCGCCCGCGCCGACGUACCAGCAGGGUGCCCCCGCUCAGCAGCAGUCAGCGCCAUCGCCAGGCCAGCAGUGGCAGCGCCCCGUUUCCCCCGCCGCCCCGCCGCCCGACCUCGGGCCGCCCCCUACGCCGCCACCGCCGCCGGCGCCACAGCGGGCCGCGGCUCCGGCGGCGCCCGCGCCCGCGCCCGCGCCACCGCCCGCGGCCGACCUCGAGGUGGAGCUGCCCGCCGAGCUGCCCGUCCGCGAGGGCACGCUGCCCGGCUUCCAGGACGGCUUCUUCCCCGGGCACUUCAGCAGCGUCGGCCCCGGGUGGGAGGCGAGGGCUCGCCUGCUGGAGGGCAUCCGGCUCGUGAGGGCCAAGCGGACCGCCGCGCGGGAGCUCGCAUGACCAUGGCUGGGCGAUGGGGG